AUGAAAAAGUUAAUUGAGCUUUUAUCAGAAAGUUUUUACGACCAUGAUGAUAAUGCAGAGAAAAGCAUAAACUCUACAACGAACCUUGGUCUGGAAGCAACUUUUAUAAACCAAAAUUUCUCACAGCAAGUCUUAAAACGCUCAGAGGAAAAGGAGAAGUUUGAUAAACCAAAUCCUUUCAUUGAUGAUAAUGAAGAAGAAGAAAAGGUGGCAUCCGUUGGUUACAGAUAUCGUAAAUGGAAUCUUGGCAAUGAUAUAGAAAUUGUUAUAAGAUGUGAACAUGAUGCAGUAUUGUCACCUGGAACUUACAUCAACAUAAAGGCUCUAAAUGAAUGGGAAUCUAAGGGAGGUAUGGGAGAAUGGCGUCAAAAGCUAGACAGUCAACGUGGAGCUGUCUUGGCUACUGAACUCAAGAACAAUGGCUGUAAGCUGGCAAAGUGGACUGUUGCGUCUGUUUUGUCGGGCUCUGAGUACUUAAAAAUUGGUUACGUUUCACAAAAUUUUAUGGAUUCAUCAAAGCAUUGCAUUCUGGGUACCCAGCAGUUCAAACCACGUGAACUUGCUAGUCAGAUGAAUCUCAGUAUGGACAAUGGUUGGGGAAUAGUACGAUGUAUUAUUGAUUAUUGUAUGAAUCUUGAAAAGGGGAAAUAUCUUAUUUUGAAGGAUCCUAACAAGGUAACAAAGGCAUUACUGAGCUUAUAG